UCUUUUUCUUAUUCUGUUUUCGGGCGUGAUUCACUAUCAGAGUUUACUCAAUGUGCUGGAACAUUUCCGAAUAAAGUUACCUCGUUUUCUUUUAGUCCAAACCCAAUAAUUGCUGGUCAAAAUAUUACAUAUACUAUUUCUGUAAUGAACACAGUAACAGUCCAACAAGGGGCAACAUUAAAUAUUUCAACUGCAACGUUUAAUAUAGUUACUGAUUAUUGUAAAGACUUGAUAGAAUCAAGUAGCUACAAAUGCCCUCUUGAACCUGGAAACUAUACAUUUGUUUUUUCUGAGUAUUUUAGGACUACUCCAAAUGACCCGAAAAACACUACAAUCGAGAUAAAUUCAAGGACUGAAG